AUGGAUAUCCAUGGGGGAAAAAGCCAUCCACCGCAGGAAAAAUCUUCUGUCUUGAGUGCAGGAAUAUCAAAUGAACAUGUAGAGAACCAUAUCACCAAGAAUAACCACUUCACAGCCGGUAUUAUUGAAAGGUCCAAUUUGACACCUUCUACAACACCACUGCCACAACACACACCAUCGCCACAGCCUCAUCCGCAUCAGACUGUAUCUGUCUUCUCUUUAUCGAGCUCUAUCGUUAAUACUACCCAUUCAAAGGCAGCACCAUCAAUUGGGACAUCCACAAGGAGCCCCGACAAUGCUUCGACUGCUGCAUCAAUAUCUCACCUUCAAGAUCGCAGCAAGGAACAACCUGGUCUUAAUCUGUGGCUGUCUUGGCUCGAAGCACAGUCUAACACUAACAGGAUACCAAUGGCUCAGGUCACACCUAAAAUACUUUUACGUUAUCUUGACUCGGUCAUCGUGCCAAUGGAAAGCUCAAAUGCCGAACAGCUCAGUAAUCUAGCACUCAUUAAUACAAAUGCGACUGUUUCGGGCGCGUCAAGUAAACCAUCUGGCUCAUUAAUCCAAACCUAUAUUAGACCUAUUUUGAAGCUAUGGCAGGAAGAACAGGACCAGGAUCAACAGCAUAUUGGGCUCAACAUAUCCGAAACAUUGCCUAUUACAUCCUCUUCUAUUUCUCCGCUGCCCAUCGAAGAGCCGAUGGUAGCAAGCCUGUCGCGUGAUCAACUGCAGCGGAUAGCCCAGUUGGAGCAUUCCCAUAGGGAUAUUGUCCUUAUUAUCUCAAAAUUGCAGCAGCAAGUCCGACGACUGACGCAGGUCCAGACCAUUCGGCAAUGCCAGCUUUCGGAAGCAGAUCUUGACCAUGAUCAAGCGUCUAAGUAUCCACAGGACCAAGUGCCUGUACAGUUCAUAUCAGGGCCUACAGGUCAGAUUGACUCAAAACCGAAACCAUGGCAACAGCUCUCAAAUACAUCAACACAUCAAUCAAGUCGUCGCAUUAACCAUCGCAAUCGGUCAGAUGAACUAAUUGCAGCAAUAGCCAAGGCUUUGGAAGAGCAUCGUGCGCGACCUUUACACGCUUCUCGACCUUAUUUUCAAGAAUCAAAUCCUAUCGGCUAUAAUCAAGAGGAUCAGUCUCAUAGAGGAGAUAAUUGGGACACAAGAUACCCAUUCAUGACUUCACCAGGUGAGGUGGAUCAACAUGACGUCUGUGAGGUCAAUCCUCUGGUGUGUUCAAACUCAGAUGCCCUCUCUUACCCAGCUCCUUCUUUCCAUGAGACACGUCCACAAACACCUAGUGGACGAACAGGUUUUCAGCGGAAUGAUCUCUUCGUUACCAAGCUACGGAAGCAAACUUCCCUCAAUCGGAAAAGAGCAAAUAGCGUGCAUGAGCCUGGAAACCCCUUCAAAAGGAAUAUUAAUCAGUCACGGUCAUGUUCCCCCGCGAUUGGUCAAGCAAACAGCGACAUGAGUGGUGAUGAUACACAACAUCGCGUGCAGAAGACUUCCAUAGCGUCUUCUAAUAAGACUUCAACUACAGGCGACUACUACCGACAGCGAUGUAGUCCUCAGCGUGCUCAAAAUUGCCAUGGGGAGCUGCAUCCUUCUCAAACGUUGUGUUCUAGGCCCGAAACAGACUCACAUCGCGAUUAUUGCGAGUAUGAUCAGGGUCAGCAUCAAGAAUGCCCACACUCAAAGGAAGCCAUUGCAUCUGGAUCCCCUGCCUACCAUAGCAGUGAUUAUCGCUCACAUUACUUCCAGUCAUCGACAAGGCGUUGCAACAGCACCAAUACCAGCGCCUUAGCCCAAGAGUUUUUCGUGGGUAUGAUCAACACCGCGUUGAGCCCCAUGAAUAUAGUAACCCCCUAA